UAAAUUUCCUUUUGAAAAUCUGCCCAGCAAUUAAGAAGUGAAUCUGUCUUUUGAAAACAGCACUUUUAAAUAAAAAUUAUAAAAGACGUACGCCAAAAAGAAAUAAAAACAUUUAAAUAGUACGUUUAUCUGUAUACACACCAAUUAACGUGCAUGAAAAAUGGAUAAAUCCGAUAAAAGUUAAUACAAUUAUUCAAUUAAAAGAGUUAAUAUCAGCAAUAAUGCGUACAACAAUGAUAAAAUUACCGAAACUCGCGCGCAUUAAAAUUUAAUUUUGGCGGGAAUAUACCAGCGGCGCCUACACGACCUCGACCGAUCGUACAGCGCGCCUUAUAUCAGUCUCAUUCUCAUCGCAUUCAUUAUCCCACACAUAUACUAACAUCCAAUCAAAUGUAGCUAUAGUAGUAAACACCAAACCAAAGGCAGAGCCAUCUAUAUUAAGAAGACAACACAGACGCACACACGUAAAUGCGAGUUUAUCCGUCUGUCUUUCUCUUUCACUCUCAGGCGUAGUAUAGUACACCUCCUACGCACGAGAGCGCGCGUACUACUACGCUACGCUCUCUCUCCGAUGUAUUCUCCUUCUCUCUCGGCGAGCGAGAGAGCGUGAGAGAAGAUGGCGACGUGUUUGAAAAGGUCGUCGUCGUUGCUAGAGCUCAUCUGCCCGGUGUGUCGUACGAUUCUGCGGGAGCCGGUCACCUUGCCUUGCGCUCACAAUCUUUGCCUUCGCUGUCUCCAAGGCACCGUGCAACACAACAGCCUCACGUGUCCUCUGUGCAGGCAAAGACUCGGCUCUUGGCUACGCGCCGCCACCAAAUCCGAGAACCUCGUCAACGCCGAGCUUUGGCAACUCAUCAGGCGCAGCUUCCCUAGGGAACUCGAUCAAGCUGCAUCCGUGACAGCAGUAGCGGGUACGAGUAGUACUGGACACAGUGUUGCUGCUGUUGACUUUGACGCUGGCUUCAUCCCCAAAAAGAUACUUAGUGCUGCUGGUGAGAUAAGGAGGGAGUAUGAGAUCCAAUUGCAAUUGGCCCAGGAGGAGAUGCAAAGGCAGCAGGAAAAGGAGAGGUUAGCCAGCGAGGUGCUGAUUAGGAAGUUACAGGAAGAUGAGGAGCAAGAGAAGCUGAUGCUGUUGGCUCAGGAUCAACUGCUAGCCAAAACUCUAGCUAAGAGAGAGUGCAGCAUCAGCAAAAAUGCCACGACAGUUAGUGUAGAUAAGCCAAGUCAAUCAAAGCCAGCGACCAAUCAAAAGAUGUCAGUUAAAAAGCAGAACGUUGCACCCAUAUCGAAAAUCAGGUCUGAGAAAUAUUUAUUGAAUGCCAAGACUAAUCCUGCUAAUGUACAAAAAGAGUCACAGGACACCUUUGGCUCUUACAAGCCUGUGCCAAUUCACAAUGCCGUUACCAGAGUUGUUACACAUCAGAGCCGACUGAAUCAGCCAAACAAUUCAACCUAUUCAGCUGCCUUGGGAGAACUUGUUGGUUCUACUUCUAAAAUUUAUGGAUUACAAAGCAAAGAGGAAUUGCAAGUUCCCAGUGAUGUUCUCAGCAGUAAAAAGAAAAAGUUAGGCGUUGAAGUGUGUAUUACAAAUGUCGAAGGAGAAGAGAGGAUUGGUAGUGCUGAAAGUGCUGGAAGUCAUGAUAGUAUCAAUCAGGAGAUACAUCAUUUUAAGCCAAUCAAAGCUUUGCCUCGCACACCACUAAAAGUCACAGAUGGUAGACAAUUUGACCUAAAAUUAAUUAGGGUCUUGGCAACAUAUAAGAAAAUUACUAAUGCAGUGUUGAAACCUCCAGUGCAGACAAAUUCAAGAAAAACAUUUGGGUGUUCUUGGAGUGCUUUUAAGAGGAUAUCAAGGAAACAGGUGCUACAAAAAGAGCCUGUAAAUAUUUACCAAGAGACUAAAAAGACUGAGAAAAAAUUAGAACCCUUGCAGACAGUAGCCAAGUCAAGUAAACUGGCAUCAGAAGUAGAAGAAACGUCAAAGCGAAAGCGCAAUAUAGAAGUGGCAUUUGAUAGCAACGAAAAUUAUACUAAGAAAAUCGUUAAUGGCAUAAAAGUCAGUAAGAAGUUUAAUAUUGAUGAGCAAACGGAAGUAAAGUCUAACAGGCGAAUAGGCAAUGUGAAAAACGGGCUUGUUCUGGGUAAACACAAGUCAAAUAAAGUCAUAGAAGUCGUUAAUAUCGAUGACGAUGAGCCUGCACCUGAACCUCCAGCUGGUAAUUCGUCGUUGAAAAUGAGAACGCCUGAUCCUUUAGCUUUCACUCCGAAAAAUGAUACAAGGCAGCCUAGUCCAUUUUGGGAAAUGGCCAUUGAAAAUAUCGCUGAGAGAAUCAAGAGAAGGAAAACAUCGAGGACUACUAGCAAUACCGAAAAUAUUCAAAGUGCAAUCAAUCUGGUCAAACCGGCAGUUAAGUCCAAGAACUCCAAACCUGCUAAAAAAUCAAGCAAACCAAAAGUGAAAAAGACUAGCACUGCAGGAAACAAAACAGCAGCGACAAAAGCAGCAAAGGCAAAAACGAAAACACCGAAAACUACGACAAUCACUAGUCAGAUCAAGAGAUUAGCUGCUCGAUCUUCAAAACGACCGAGGUACACCGAAGAUUCAGAAUCCGAACCGGAAGAUCUGGAACCGGUCGUUGAACAACCCAACCCCGAGCCAGUGAAACAACCAGAGCCUGAAAAACUAGCUGCUCCAUCACCAUCGCCACGCAAGAAACCUCGUAAAAAUGCUAAACCUCGACGUAACAAACCGAAGAGUCCCGAUGAUGAUGCGAUAAUUAAAGAGCAAGAACGUUUAGAGAGACUUGCUGCUCAAGAACGUGAAGAUCGUGAAUUGGCUUUGCGAUUGCAAGCUCAAUUCGAUGCUAUGGAGAGAACACCUGUUAGGACGAGGAGAGGUGUAGCUAAUAGGGUUAUGACUCCCGUACUGAUGGAAAGGAGGCCACAGAAACGAGCGCUAGUCGAGUAGGACUUACCUAGGAUCCUCGUAAGGAUCAGCAGGCUUCGCGCUGGCCGAUUUCGCGCUUAUAUGGUCAAGGCUUAGCAAUUUACGAUUUUCUUCAGCUAACACACGCAAGAAGUGAUUGAUCAGAAAGCUCGCAAUAUACUUGAACAUUUUGUAGAUUUGAUUCUCAACGAUUUCGAUCUCUUGUAUUCACUUGAUGUUAUCCGACCGAACUUGUUCCUAGUUCUUGGGUCAUUAUUGAAGAGGCACAUCUAUCAGCCAGAACUAGCUAAAUAGUUGUUCUUUAACUAUGACAAACUAUCAGUUUGUUAGAUAAAUUAAUUUCACUAAAACACAUUCAACAAUUUUUAAUGCUAUUUGCAUACCGACGGUACGACAUUUGUUACUUUCUGUUUCAAUUCAAAUCUACAUUAUAGUAGUAAAAAUGUAUCGGGUUUUCGUUUGAAUAUCCUAUAAGCUAGAUAUAUUUUUAUGAAAGUAGUGUAUGUUACAAUUGAUUCCCAGUGAUUAUUCUUACGCCAUGAUUCACAUAAUAAUGAGCAGUAUUUAUACGCAACAUGCACAUUUAUGCACAUGCACAUUAUUAUUAUUAUUAUUUUCGUUUGCUUUACAAACAAAUGAAAUUUGUUAUAUUCAUGGGUUUCCUAUUCUCCAUUGUCCAUAUCGAAGCUCGCUAUCUGCAUCAAAAAUAUGCAUUGUACAAUAAAAGAAAAAACUCGAAAAUGGAGUAUAAAGACUCGAUUUCGCUUAGCGUAAAGACAAGUCCAUGGUUCUUGGAAGUUUGUCGUUCAUCUUGUUUAUAUAAUAAUGUGCUGCUGGAGAAAAAAUGAACGAUCAAUUUCCAACACCUUUGAAAUGAAUUUAUUUUAUUAUUUUUGUACGAGUGUUACAAUACACAUGGUAUAGAUAGGCAUUUAAUCAUGUGUAAAAAAUAUCAGCUAGUAUGUAACUCGCGACUAUAACUUCAUUUGUACAGCAUCACUUAAUCAUUUUAUAAAGUAAGAGUUUUGUAUAGCUACAACAGUGGAUUUUGUUCCAAAAUUAAUGUCAAAUCAAUAACAUAAACUCGUCACUAUUAAGAUUCAACUGUCGCGCGUGAAUAGUACGUUGUAUUUUGUAUAGAUCUUUGUCUUUUUUCUUUCGUAAGGGAAAAUGUAGUACUAUUAUAAAUUUUAGGUAAAACGAAAUAAUAUUUUCUGAUAAAUUAAUUUGAAAGAUCAUGAUUUAGUAUGUAUAAUAGUUUCGAGUGAUACAUUUUUAGAUUUAGUACUUACAAAAAAGAAUUAUGCAUAUAAGUUAAAUUAUACUUUAUUUAAAUGUUUUAAAAGACAAUGAGUUUUGUGAUAGUUAUAAAAAGUAGAGUGAUUGGUAGAUUAAGUUUUACGAUAAAAUUAGUAAAGACGAAAAGAUUCAUGCAAAAAAGGUAGAGCUAAUUGAAUAUUUUUAAUUUUGGUAUUUAAUCCACUAUCUCAGAGUGCAACAAUUUUUGACGAAAUGGUUGUACUAACGAAGACUUGUAAAAAAAGCGAGAAGUAUGAAGUUAAAAGAAUUGAUUAAGGGUUAAAUGUGUGUUAUGUCACUUUGAAGUGUCCCCGCGCAAAAAAAAACAAAACUAUUGUCAAAUACUGUAUGCAAUGCUAUGUAGGUUAGAUGAGUAAAAAAGUGAAUUCUAUAGUUAUGAUAAGAAAUAUAAUGGUCUGUUUACGGAUCAGUACAAUAUAUAUUACGACCUAGUGUGUUAAAAUACCUUCAACUAUAUUUACUGCGUAAACAAACAAUUUUUUACAUAAAACGACAUGUGUAAUUAAAAAAAUCAAGGCUAUGGGAGUCUUGAGUUUCUUCCAUUUACCAAACAAAAAAAAGGAAUAAGAAUAAUAUAGACAGAGAAAAUAUAAAAUAUAUAUGAUGUUUUAUUCGUUAUGAUUUUUGCACUUUGUAUCUCUUUUCUUUUGCAAAGGAGAGCAAAACAAACAAAAUCACAAAUAUUUUUCAUAACGGACUGAUAUGCAUGAAUUUUCGUUAAGAAAAAUGCCGUAAUAUAAUGAAAUAUAUAUGUUCUCGUUAAGAAUUUAUAUCCCAAGAAAGAUUAAGUUGUAAAUAGGUGGAAUUUUUGUAUAAGACGGAUUUUAUCCCGACACAACUAAGAAUGUAAAACUUUGAUCAAUGAACAAACUGAAAAAUAGAAAAAACAUUAAACUUUGAGAUAUAUAUCUGAUUGAACUUACGAGUAAAUAUUUCAAUGUAGAAAGAAAUUACUUUUGUAUGUAUGAUAUUUCGAAAAAAAAGCAUGAAGUCCUAUGUUUGUCUUCAGAAACAUAGUGAACGAUAAAAAUUAUUCCAAAAAAGCUGUGGGAAAUUAUUAAUAAAUUUAUGAA